AUUUAAUCCGAUUUCAUCGAUUGCAAGAUAAAAUAAAAUGCAUCGAAAGAAAUUUAUAAGUUACAUUAAAAAGUUAUGUUAUCGGAGAAAAUAUAAAGUGAUUAAUCGAAAUUAUAACAGUAUCUUACAUUCACGAUCAGUGCAAAAAUUAAUAAAAUGCAAAAUUAAAUAAAUUUGACUUCAAGUUACUGACAAAAAGAAGAAAAAAAAAGUAAUAAUCUAGAAGAAAAUUAUUUAUGUGAAAAACCAAACUGAAUUUAUAAAAAAAAUAUGCAUUUAGACAUUAAAAAAAUGAAAACGCAAGCCCUCGAUUUUGGAUUACAAAUUAUUAUCGAUCAAGUGUCAGAUUUUAAGAAACAUUUGAGAAUACAAAAGACGCUCAACACAUCAAGUUCCAAAGUUUUUACUUCAUCUCUACUUAUAGUUUUAAUAUUUAGUGCAAUUUGUGAUGUUACAGACGCUUGUAGAAGUCGCACAAUUUAUAAACCGCGAACAACACCAGCACCAACACCGAGUCCAAGACCAAAUAUUACAUUCCACACUUACAAAUGUCCUGAGGCAUAUGCAACGUGGUACUGUCUAAACGGUGCUACAUGCUUCGCUGUCAAAUUAGGCAUGGAGGUCCUCUAUAAUUGCGAAUGCAAAGAUGGAUAUAUUGGACCAAGAUGUGAUUACAAAGAUCUCGAUGGCUCAUAUUUAUCUGCAAGAUCUCGUGUAAUGUUAGAGACUGCAAGUAUCGCUGGUGGUGCUGUUGCUGCCUUACUACUCGCAUGCAUUGUAGGAUUGUUCGUCUACCUCAAGAAGCACUCAUCAAAGCAGUGCGAGUUUGAAGUUGAAAGUCAAAAACCAAAUCACGAAAAUUGCGAUGAAUGUCAAAAAUUUUAAUUUUUUAAAGAAUUCUUCUAUGUAUCAUCGUGUAUAUUAUGCGCCUAGCAUCCUUCUCAUCUUAUUUGCUUGUCUUAUAUUUGUGUAAUUUAUUGUCAACGCUUAAACGCAAAAUGAAAAUGGAAAAACCAGCAACAUUGUAUGUUCUAUUUCUUUAAACAAUUCUUUUUUGUUUGUUUUAAGUAAAUUAAAAAAAAAAUAUGGAAAGAAAUUCUCUAAUUGUAAAGACUAAUUUUUGUAAUUUAAAGACACAUUUUUUAUUAAAAUAUAUCUGUGAUAUUACUCUAUAAGUUUGAG